AUGUCAUUGGGAUUCUCCUGGUUCCGCAGGAGAGUUACCUAUUAUGACGAAACGAAUUUUCUGGGCGAAUGUGCGAAUGAUAAUGAUCCGAGAGUCAAGUUGCAAGGUAGGAGGUUUUCUUUGAAUUUUUUUUUGAAAAAUUGAAACAAAUUUUAAAAUAAAUAAUAAAAAAUAAAUAAAUAAAAAUAUUUUCCGCGGAAUACGUGAACUAAUUUUAAGUUUAAAAUUGUUUUUUAUUAAUAAAAAUAUCAUUUCUGGAUGCAUUUUAUUUGCUAAUUGGUCCACAAAUAUUUCAAAAAUGUAUAAAGCCAUGAUUUGAAAAGGAAGAACCAUGAGAAAGAAAUCCAGAACAAUUGUGAGUUGCGCGUUUGAAAUUUUUUUAAAUCAAGGUUCAAAUUUGAAAAAAAAGUUCAAACCAUUUUCCAAAUUGUUGACUUUGAUGGCCCGGUAACCCAGAAAUACACAUGGUCUAAAAUGAAAAAUAUUAAACUCUAGAUUGUCCGAAUAUAUAUAAAAAGUUGCGAAAAGGCUUUCUCGAUUUUAUAUAUCUCGAGGAAAAGAUUUUGAGUGGAGGGGACUAGGAAAUUGGAGGGACUAGAAAAUUUCUAGUCCCCAAUGUCAUGUUUUUCUAGUCCCUCCAUUUCUCUGGUGUUUUCUUUAUUGUCAGGAUAUAUAAAAUCGAGAAAGCCUUUUCGCAACUUUUUAUAUAGAUAAUUUAGAGAUGAAUAUCUUUCAUUUUAGACCAUGUUUAUUUCUGAGUUGCCGGGCCAUCCAGAAAUUAUUGAGAAAUUUGCAUAAAUCAGCUUGGAGAUGAGCUUUUCGUAAUUUUCUUACCUAAUUCCAAGGGUUUUUUUUUCCGGGAAAAUAUCUAUCUAGUCGAUUCUGAAAACUUUCCCAACCAAGUUCAAAUAGUUUCAAACCAUCUCUCAUAAAUUUGCUUUUUUGAUGGGAUUAUAUUCAAUUUCCAUGUCUCUUUCUCGUAUUUCAACAAAGUUCCACUUUUAUGUCCAAAAACUGUUUUCUUUUCAAUUUCUCGCCUCUAAAACAAAACAAAACACAGAAAAACGUGUUUGUUUAUCUAUCUUUAAGUUUUUCUUCGAGUAAGACCAAAAAAAAUCUUAAAAUUACAUACCGCCCAUUAAUCCGCCACGUGUCAAUCAUUUCAUUUCCAUAAACAUAAAUUAUUACAUUGCUGGCUGCUGAUUUUGGCUUUUGGCAAGACAAGUGUUCAUGGUUUAAUAGUUUCUUCUUUUCUUUUUGCCUUCCAUUUUGAGAAGAUAUGUGUGAAUCAGAAAAAAAGAAGAUGUAUGUUUAGUUAUGAAGAAAAUUUGAUUUUCUUUCUGUUUUUGUUUCUAAUGAUUGUUGUACUUUCUUCUUUUUUUUUUAGUUUUUUGGAGGAAAGUUUGAGUAUUUCUGGAUUCUAGACAAUUUCAGAGUUCUCUUCUUCUAAACUUCGUGAAAAAAUGUCUUUUUUUCUCAAAUAACCCACGUAUUCCUUCAUUCUGUAUCCGGAAUUCCAGCCCAGCCAUUUUCUGACCAACAUUUUUUUUCUUCCGCCGACAUACAAUCCAUAUAUACUUUUACUUAUGCAAAUUAUGAUGAUCGUAUUGAAUUUUAUGUUUUAUGUACAAUAAAAAUGGAAUUUCCCAAUUCCGAACACAACUGACCUCCGAAAUACUUUUACCAUUAAAAUAAAAAUAAUAAUAAUUUCCGGCAUUCAAAUUCACUCAUGCCCAUCAUAUUCAUUGAAAAUACUGUCUUUUUCUGGUCUGUAUGUGACUCAAUUUUUUUCUUUUCAUUUUUUCAAAUAAAAAAAGAAGAAGAAUACCAUUUCUGACCAUGUUUGUUUGAAAUUUCUAGAUCUAAAAUAAAAAAAAACAACAAGAUGAGCGAAAAAAAAAAUGGCGGGCACAAAUAUUUGAUAAUCUCUUGAUGUGUCCGCCUUUGUCCUCCGUUUCAAUUUUGCCACAGACACUCUCACACAAAAAAGUGUCAAUAAUAUUCAAAUAUUAUUUUAUUUCUAUUUUUUUCUGUCCCGAUCAUCAUCAAUUUUCAAUUUGACUCACUCACUAUUUUUUUCCAUGAUGAUAUUUGAGAUGAGAGAUUUUGAGAAGAAGUCAGUUGUGUGUGUGUGUAUAUUUGUGAUGAUAAAAAUGAAAAUAAUGAUGAUGAGGCAAUAGGAAUGAAGAGUUGUAGAAAGAAAUCACAUUGAUAUCUUAUUUUUUUUGUUUCUCUGUGGGUGUUGUGUUGGUCAAAGAGAAGAUUUUGUGCACUUUUUGAAGAAAUUUUUGAAAAAUGAGUGAGGUUUUUGAGAUCAGAUUUCUUGUGAAGUAAUGUUGCCGUUCUUCAUGAGAAUGUUAUUACGAUUAAUUUUUGUGUCAUAUAAUAGAUCCCCAAUAUUAAUGGUCAGAAUUUUUUUUGAGGGUGACCGAAAAAAUGGACCUUUCUGGAGCCCUUUUUCAAAUUUUGAAAUAUCAUAAAUUCUCCGCUUUCAAUCUUCCCCAAAAAUAAUUCAAAUUAUUCGUCCCCUCUGAAAAACAUGUCAUAUCAAAUUACAGUCUAAUCUAACUAUUUUCAUUAAUAUUCCUCCUCGAUCUUUACUCUUCAUUCAUCAAAGUUUACUUACUUUACCCUCCUGUACUCGAUCAUUCACUUUUUUUGUCUUAUUGACAUAUUUCAUGUAACUCAUCCUUCUUUGCGUGAUGAAUUUAUUUGCCACGUGUCAAUCCACUUGUACUCUUUCUGUUUCUGCACCAACCAACAGUAAACAAACUAACUAACACGCAAUACAAAAAUCCAUUUCUCUUCAAUAGAUAAGCUCAACAUGUUCAGACUGUGGGAAUCUCUGAUUAUUUCACAUAAUUUUCGUAUUAUUUAGUAAUAUGUACAUCUAGAUCCUAAAAUUUCACUUUUUUCUGGAUUAUCUUCUUGUUAUCUUUUUUCUCCUUGAUUAUUAUUGCAUUAAUAUUACUUUAUUAGUCAGUCAGUCGGUCAAAUGUCCUUCUUUUUUUCUUUUCUUUCUUUUUUUAUGUUGUCAUUUUAGAUAUUGACAGGUACGCGUAAUGUAUUUACUAAUUAGGGGUUUUUAUGCCAUUGUCUAAUAUUUCUCAUAAGUGGCCUCUUGUUCUCGGUCACUUUCGUACAUUUUGAUUUUAUUCUUUUGAAUUUAUCAUGACAAUUUUCUUGCGGUUUCUCGUCACCGUCGAUAGCUCAGUUGGUAGAGCGGAGGACUGUAGAGUCAGUGGGUAUCCUUAGGUCGCUGGUUCGAAUCCGGCUCGACGGAAUGCUUUUUGUUGAAAAGUUAGGGGUUUUUGAAAUUUAAUCUUUUUCGUUUUCAAAUUGGGUGGUCCAUUUUUUAUAUGAAAUAUAUACAAAAAAUGAAUAGUACGACAUGAAUAAAAUAAACAAUUUAUUAUUUUGUUGCUGAAGAAAAAGCAUAGGCUUACUUGUUUCCCACCCAUGUAAGUAGUAGGCUCACAUAUUAGAUUACACAUGUUCAUUUUCAUUUGUUUGAUUUUGGGAUUACUAGAAUCCUAGCUAUUUCUUAUUGCGGCAUAAUGAAUUUUAUUUUAAGAUUCUGUAGAGUUUUAUUGAAAAAAUGUAAGUUGACCAAAAUAUUGACACAAAAGAUUUUUUUUCGAUUUGAAAAAAAUACAAAUAAAAAAUAACGAAAUGUUAUAUAUGAGUGAUAUCAAUCUUCAUUCAUCAUUUAUGAAUGUAGAGAAUGAAUGAGGCAACAUGUAUCAAGAUUUUUUAGUUUGAGAAUUUUGACAUGUUGUGGAUUCAUUUCCGAAUUUUUGGAAGAGAUAAAUCAGGUAGGACUACUAUAGGUUUUUUUGAAAAGGCUCAAUUUUUUUUUUCCAAACGUUUUUGAAAAGGCUCAAUUUUUACUCAUCGGCGCCAGAACUCUUCUAAUAAAAAAUAUGUGAACUGAUAACACAACUGUUUUUUUUUGACACUUCAUAUUUAUUAUUUUCUCUAUCGUUUUCCUCACUCAUAUUUUUUUCUCAAUCGAACUUCUCAAAGAACUCUACACAUUUUUGCCAUAUCUCGUAGAAACACACUUUUUGACAAAUGUUUGAUAUAUGUUUUAUCACUCUUUGUAGUUGUGGCUUCGAUUUUUCUCUCAGUUUUUCAUCCCUCUUACAACAAAUUACAACGGUUUAUUUUUUGGGAUACUUUUUUUUCGCUUGCUGCGGUGAAAGACAAUUUUGUUAUGUUGUGUUUGAGCAAAAAAAGUGUCUUUCUAUCCUUUUUUCUUAUUGUUUGUUAGUAUUUCUUUUGAUUUUUUUAUUUGUUGUGUUUCGGAUUUGAUACUUACAACUUUCGAUUAUUUGUAGGAUUAAAAAACGUCUGGGGGUUUGUUUGAGUUAUUUCCGGGCUUUGAUGUUUUAGGCGUGCGUUGCGAGUUUUAUAGUUUCUCUUGAUUGUGAAGGCUAUUUUUAAAUAAAAACAGAGUUCAAAUUUUUGAAAUGAUCACAUUUUCAGAAAUGAAUUAAUUUCUGAAGAGUUGCGAUUUCUAUUCACCUUUGUGAUUACAUUUUCCAUAAAUUCUGACAUUCUGUGAGAAAUAAUUUCCAAAAACUUUCCCAGUUUCAGAAUUUUUGAACAUUUUUUCGCGUAUUGAACUUAUGAUCAAAAUUUUGAAAAUUCGUUUUUAUCGAUUCUCAAAACAUUCUAAAUGUUUUUAUUGUUUUCCCUUAAACCUUCUUGAGAUUAUUUUCAAUUCCUUUCACCUCUUACAUAUCAAAUAAUCUUACGAAGUUCAUUUUAUCAAAAUAGGCUUUCGUAGUUUGCACACAAAAAUAUUUCAAAAUAGCCAUCCAGCUAGCCAUUCUCCCUCGAUCUGCUCAUUUUUUAUCAAAAAUUUCAAUCUUUUCAAACGACCACAUUUUUUAUACGACACCGAACAGUUGUGUGUUCGGAAAUCCGAUUGACUAUUAAAAUUGGAUUUUCUCCUCGUUUUUGUCUGUGUUCAAAAAUAUCAAGUCCAAACCAAAUCCAAUUUUGAAUCAACUGAAAUAUCUAUUUUUGCAUUAUAGGUUAUCGACAUCGUGAGCCGGAUGAAAUUUGCGGUGAUCGUAUGACACAAAGUAUGAUAAGUGAUCCGGGAUUUUCGAGAAGAUCACAAUCACCAAUUGAUGUUAGUUUGGCAUUGAGUGAAGAUUCGACGAUCACAAUCACUGAACUCAAUGACAGGUAUGCUUUUUUGAGGGGAAAUCUCUUGGGUAAAAUUUUCUUGGGUUAAUACAUAUCUUGGGUUAAAAUCAGUCAGAUGUUCUUGAAAGAUUUGAAGCUUCCGGAAACUGUUUUAUUUUAUUCUUUAUAGGAACGCUUUAAAUGCCAAGUCGAUAAAUGCGACUCCGGUUAUGAGAAGAAGAAGAAGUCAUAUGAGUGCCAGACAGAGAAAUUAUCGGUGAGUUUUUUGGGUGGUUUUAGGGUACUCAUGGAAGUCUUUAGAUAUUGUGUUUUUAAAAAUUUAGCGAGAGAUGCGUCUUGAGAGCUUUUAUGCCAAGUAGCCAAGCCUAGAUAUCCUGGUUAUCAAGUAGCCACUCCUAGAAAGGAUCGGGGCCUAGAGAGCAUACUUCUCGAAUAGCUGCUUUUAGAAAUUAGUUUUUACUCGGUCAGAAAACGGCGAGGUCGCUACCGAUCGGAGCGGAGUCGCUACACGUUUUUUGUUCCCCGAAACGUGUAGCGACUCCGCCCCGAUCGGUAUCGACCUCGCCGUUUUCUGACCGAGUAGAAGUUCUACCCUUGUUCACAACGGAAAAAAAUAUCACAUGAAAUUUUAUUUGAAUUUUACGAAAAUAGCUCAAGUUGAGCCCCAAGUCAGAUUUUCAAAAUUCACAUUUUUAAACAUAAAUUUUAUAUACAGUCCAAAUUCUCUUCUUUCCAACAUCCUUUAAAGUUUUUUUAACACUCAUAUCUUUUGUUCCCCUUUUUCCACUAUUUUUAGGUUAGGUGCUAAUUUUCACAUAGCCUUCAAAUUCCAUCCUUUUCAUCUUCUCUUCGAUCAUUUUGAUGAUCAUAAUACUAUUUUUCAGAAUCCUUGACCCAAACGAGUCUCGUCUCGUUUUCCAACAACAUAAUGAUAACAAUUUGGCAGCUAAUAAUGAGGAAAAGAGAAGUACAUUAUUGAGAAGAAGAAAAAGUAGUUCGAAUAGUCAAAAAGUUGUUGAAGUGUAAGUUGUUUUUAUGGGAGGAGACGGGAUAAAAAGGGCAUUUGGCAUUUCAUUUGACAAUUCAAAAUUAGAAUGAUAUCCGAAAAAGUUAGGAUGUUUUGUUUUUCAAAAUGUUAUGUUGAUAAAAGUUAUGGAUUUACUGUUAGGUGAGUUUUUGGAUGUUAAACAUUUUUCCGUUGUUUUUAUGUAGAGGGAAACUUGAAACUCUGUAACGUGGAAUCUUUCAACCCCCCCCCCCCUAGAACUUUCAAAACAUUCACGGUUAUAAAUUCCAGAUUAAUUUCAAUAAAAAUUGCUUAAAUAGUCGGAAGGUGUCAAAAACCUUUUUAGAUAAAAUCUAUUCCUAACAAGUUUCAUCUAAUUUCUUUCCUGUUUUUUUUUCAGACCCCAAACACCGAUGAUUAUCACUCCGCCUGUUUUGAUGUCUCGAAGUAGUUUCACAUCAACUCGAUCAUCAACUUCGCAAGAUCAAGAAUGUUGCACGGUGUGUCAGAGACAGAAAAGGUUAGUUCAUUUUCUUUUUCAUCUUAUUCCAGAUAUCAAGUGAUUCAUUCUAAAUUCUCAUUUAUAACAUACAUGCCUGUUAAUUUUAUUCCUCUUCUCAUUUUCAUUUCUCAUUCCUCCAUUUUGAUGUUGUUUAAAACAAGCCAGUUUUUCGACUUUGUUCAAUUCAUUAUUGAAUCCGUAAUAAUUGUUGUUUUUGUUCUUCUUCUUCUUCUUCUUCUUUUUUCCAUCCUCAUCGUUUUUUUUCUACCGGACAAGACACUUUUGAAGCAGCAGCCAAGUUUGGUAUGAAUUAUUUUAUAUACAAUAUUCAUAAGAGGAACACGUUUUGCCUUCUUAUAGUCGAAUAAUGUUAGGCAAUUUGUCUGGGGAAUUUAUUCAGAUUAGGUUUGGUCAACUUAUUCUGUGGGUGAAUUAUAUUGGUUUUUCAGAAUAUUUUCUUUCCAGAACACUGUCUAUAUUGAAACAUCAAAACUUGCUCAUUUUUUUGAAUACAUUUGAAAUUUUGUCAAAUUAUCCGAGUAAGAUGUUUGAGAGUUUCUAUACGAAGUAGGCAAGCCUAGAAAUUCUGGUUGUCUAGUGAAAUUAAGAAUUUGUCUCAAAAUCUGAGUGCUGAAGUAGCGGUAUGACUCUAGUCAUGAAUCACAUUUUUGAAAAUUAUCUUCUCAGCAAACUAAUCUACAUUGUGAGUUUUUUUCUACACCUCACAAUCAUGAAGUUUCUUGAACUUUUAAUAUUAAUUUCCGAAAAAAAUAGGUCGUGCUUGUUUUCAAUAACAAUAACAUGCGUUUUUCUUUGUCAAAACAUUUUUCAAUUAAUCUUCUCUCGUUUUUCCUCUGCGCACACUCCGAAAAUGAACAAAUCUAUCCCCCGUUUUCAAAUGAUAAACUUCACCAAGAUUAAUGACGACCCGACCUAUCUCAUUUAUCUUUACCGCCAAUUUCAAUUUCAUUUUUUGCAUCUUUUUCUACACCUACCGAUGUUUUACAUAUUUGAAAGUCUCUUGAAAACAUCUCUCUUUUGAUUAUUCAAAAAAAAACUUGAAUGUUUGCUCUUUUUUUUGCUCGCCGAGCACUACCUCCAACAGUAUCCGUAUCGGCUCAUCGCUCUGUGCUCUGUGAUUUUUUUGUUGUCCGACAAUUUUUUUUGUUAUUCAUGACCACCUAUUGUUUGGACGUCAUUUUUUCUCGCCGGAAAAACGAGCAGAUAAUGAUAGGGUUUUGAAAAGAAGAACAUCAAAUGUUGACACAUUUAUGUGUUUCAAGUGGGUAUACAUGUGUUCUUGUUCCAGAUUUUUUGUGGAUAUAGAUUGAUCUAGCUCUAUCGGGAUUCGGUCAUAGAUCGUUUUCAAUUUGAAUCAGAGCUUUUUUUCAAUUAUUCUCUGACGUUUUUGAACUACUGCAACCCAUAAAUCAAUUUGAAUGUGCAAUUUUGGUCGGGUUUCGAACCCCGACCUUUGAAAUUGGCUUUACUGAAUUUUCUGCAGUUGUAUUUAGUGUUAGUAUUGGAAUUUUCAACAUUUGAAUUUUUGAUUGAAAUCAGCCUCCUGUUGAAUUAUCCGGGAUUUGUGCUAUUGGAAUUUUUCUUUCAUUAGAAAUUCGGCUCCUAGCAACUUUUCAGAUUGUUUUCUUUUUGCAAUCCAAAUUUAAAGAUUGAAAUUUUGUCAGAAUAUCAAAAAAUAUUCAAUUUUUCUAGCUACCAAACUCAAUUUUUCCCUGUUUCAAACAAAAAAUCACAAUAAAAACUAGAAAAACAAACAUAUCCAUCUCAGUUUUGUUCCAUUAUUAGUCGCCUCAUUGACCAAACCAAAAUUUUUGGUUAAUCUCAAUUUUUAAUCUGUCCUCUUCUAUUUCGUCUCCUCAAUUUUCAACUACUUUACUUUUUGCAACAAUCCAAUUUCCUCUGGAUAAUAAAAAUGUUUGUUACCUUUAUUUAUUAUCUUUUUUCGUUCCCCCGUUCCAAUUAUAAUUCACAAUGUUUUUGGAAGUGAAAUGGAUUUUAUUUUAUUUUAUAUUAGUUAAAAUUGACCUAGUUUUACCUUUUUCGCCUGCAACAAAAGGUUUAUUAAAUAACUAGACAAUCCUUUUCGGUUUUUUGCGGCAUUUUUUUAAGAGAAAACUGGUUUUUUCCAGCUCUUUUUGUGAUUCAUUAUUCCUCCCGUUUUUAUUCUAAAUUCUAUUUUUCAAAAAGCAAAAAAUCAGCACUUUCACUUUUUGUCUCAUUCAAAACAAAAAUAUAGUUAGAUAGUUAGUUAGUUUAGCUCUUAUCGAUGAUCGUAAAUCACUUUUUGUAAGAAAUAAAAAACCACACCUUUUUUUUGCAACUGGCAGUUUUGAAACACUGUGUAUUUUUAGUUUGACAUGAAAAUUUGUUUUUAUUUUGUAUCGUUCUUGCUGUCAUAGUUACGCGAAGUGAGUGUGCGAAAAAAUGAAGUUAUUUUUUUGUGUGUUGUUUUUCUUCUGCAGAAUUUUUACCACCUUUGGAAUUUUAUGAUGUUGGAUUUUUUACAACUGCAUAUUUGUUGCUUUGGGAAUUUUAUUAGGAAUUGAAUUUAGAAUUUUCUUGAAUUGCCACGUCCUAUUCAUGUUUUUUUUUGGACUUUUCUGCAACCUGGAAUUUGAUCCGUUUGAACUAUUUUUGGAAGCGAAAAGUAAUAUUUUCAAAUGUUUGACUUUUGGUUUUUUUUGGCUAAAAAAUUCUGGAAUUUUUUGUGUGAAAAAAUUUCGAUGGUUGCUGAGACUUAUUAGAAUUUAUUUUUUUCAUUAGAGUUUUUGAUUUGUUUGUUAGAAAGUUUGUUUUUUGAAAAGCUACAGGAAUUUUUUAUGUGGAAAAAAUUCCUGAAAUUUUUCUUGUUCUUUCCUAGAUUUUGUUUUCUAGAAUUUUUUAUUUUCCAAAAUAAUGUAUCAGAUUUCUGAAAAAUUGGAACAAAAUAUUUUUUGCAAGAAUUUCUUUGUAUAGACAAAAAUUACAGAAUUUUCUGAAACUUGAACAAUUCAAGUGUUUUUCUAUUUUUUAAACAUCUAAUUCAAAAGUUCAAAAUUAAUUCGUUCUCUUUCCUCUUUUCAAAAUCUCCCUGGGAUUACUUUUAAUUGUUGUUCUGUUUCCUGAUUUUUCUAGAAGAAUUCAAAUUGUAUGUCUUGAUGAUGUUGAUGAUCACAUCAACAUUAUGCAAGUGUCCGAAAGUAUUUAAGCCUACACAAUUUCCAAUGAUGACAAAACUAAACUAGUUUUGCGAAUAAAAAUACAUCAGAGGAGGAGAUUUGGUUAAUUUUAUUUAAUUUUUGCUUUGUUGUGCUCUCUUUGAAAAAAGAGCCCUUCGGCUAAUUACAAGCUAAUUAAAUGACUUGUUCUGUUCCAUUUCCAAUUUUCCCGUUACACUUAUUUUGAUCUUGUUUUACUCUACAACUUGAUAUUUUUGUCGCAUUACAACAAUGUACUUUUUCUCUCUCUCUGUCUUCAAUUUUUUCGCGCACUUGUAAGCCUAAUUAAAAGUGACACUCACUGUUUGUUUUCUCAUAUUUUCCUUUUCUUCUUCCAAAAUUUUUUUGUGGUUGUUUUACAAGUAUUAGUUAGUUGUACAGAUAAUUAUAUGUAAUAAUAAUGAAUAAUAUAAAAUGUGAAUGAGUGAGUGGAAAAAGUCCAUCUGUUUUUUUUUCUUUUUUUUCCCCGACCACCCGAUUUUAUGAUUUUAUUUACACAUGUUUGUAUACAACAUAACAAACAUGAUAUUUUCAUAAUCGUAUUCAAAUUUCUCGAUAUUUGCUCAUUUUCUGUUCUCUUCUUGUCUCAUGAGCACAUUUCUUGAAUUCCUUCCUCGAACUCGAAGUUUUUUUUUGGAUUUUUGAAUUCUUUCAAGAGGUUUUUUACUACUACUCGAACUUUUAUUUACAUUUUUCUAUUUUUUGCCCCCCCAGCAACAAAAAAAUGUAUUUUUAAAAGAAAAAGAAGCUAGAAAAAACAGAAUAAACAAAUUCGUUCUAGCUGCCUGCCUUUAUCAGUCAGUGAUAGUGUGUUUGGAAAAUGUUAUGCGAAAAAAUGUGGCUGAGUGGUCUAGUGGUAUGAUUCUCGCUUAGGGUGCGAGAGGUCCCGGGAUCGAUCCCCGGCUCAGCCCCAUUCUUUUUUAUUUUUAUUUUCAAUUUUUUGUGUCAGCUUUUCAAAAAAGAUGAAAACGGUAGUUUUGAAAAGAAUAAAAGAAAUGAAUGAAUGAAUGACCCGAUUGAAACCGUAUAAUUUAACGGUGAAAGUGCAAAUAGUUUUUGCAUCUAUUUGAUUCUCGACUUUUCUUCGCAUGAAUUGCAUUUUGACGACGAUGUACAAAACACAUACUAUUUGUAUUUUUAUUUUCAUUUCAAUAAAUACUUUUUUCUAUUUUUUCCUUCUCCUCGAGACGUAUUGAAUUUCAAGAAAACUAUCUGUCCCCCUCAAAGGUAUAAAAUUUCCGACACAUUUGUAUAUUCUUCGUUUUUUUUUCGUCUGCCAACCCAGAUGUAAUCUCCACUCAUUUUCCCUCACUCAUUCGACCGCAAUAAUUAGAUACGCUACGGUUUUUUCGGUAUUGCUUUCUUUCCUGUUCUUAUAUUUUAUGGUUUUUUGACGCCCUCUGAUGAUUAAUCUAUGUUUAGUUUCUUUUAUUCAAUUAAUUUUUUCUGUCUUCCGGAAACGUUGGUUUUUUUUUUCAAAAAUUCCGUUUGGCAGCUGAAAGAAAACAAAACAAAUUAUGUUUUGAAAGUUUAUUUCAUAAGUUUCUAUGACGUGGCAGAAUUUAUCAAUUUAAAGAAAAAAGAUUAAUUUUGAGAGCUCGUAAAUAAUUUUGCCACGUGAUAACUUCUCCUCUUAGCUGUUUCUUGACAGUCGGCUUCACUAGGCUUCACUAGGCUUGACUUCUUGACACAGAAGUAAAAAAAAAUUGGUGUACAAUUUUUAAUUCCGAAAUCCACUACUCUAGAGUCGUUCUCCUCUUGAAAAUAUGGAAAUUGUAUGUAUAAAUCAUGCGGCUUUUAUUGAUUCUCUAUAGUUUUUUUCCCAUCACUUUCUGAAAUGAAAAACACAUUUUCUUCCUUCCCUUUCUUUUUUUUCUGCCACACACGAAUUCUUAUAAAAAUAUUCCAGAAAUCUUCGUCCAAACCACGAGGUGACGAAUCGAACACAAUCAUUUCCCGCCGAUUUCAUGGCGUCGUCAACGACAAGACAAAUUGGAGGAGGACAAGGUGUUGAUGAGGUCAGUUACCAUUAUAUAUGUGUUUUUUUGCUUUGAGGCGUUUAGUUUUAUUCAAGGGCGUUUUGAGAGAUGUUUUGAGAUAGAUUGAAAAAAAAACAUGCAAAGUGGGGAAAGAAGAAGAAGAAGUUGAAGUGGUUCAAAGAUUAGCCGAUUUAUGUUUGUUUUCAAAUACAUUGCACUAUUCUGUAUGGAUAUUUGAGAGAUGAAAGAAUUCAGAACAAAAAUUUGAAUUUCUGUUUUUGGGAAAAUAAUGAAACUCUUAACAAUUCGUAAAAAAAAGAAUCUUUUAAAAAGGUUCCCACACUUACACAAAUCAAAAUAACCUUAAAUUUCUGGAAAAAAAGUUCAUACUCGCCUUAAAAAGUUGUCAUCAUUUUUUCGAAAACAUAAACUAAAAUUCAAUUUUUCAGGAAUCCGCACGCCUCUCAUUUGUCUCAUCUUCUACCGGAUAUUCAAGUGCUAGAAGUUCGCUUCGAAGUUCAGAUGGUGGAAACGAUGAAACCAAUAAUAAUCGAGAUAGUGCAAUCAGUACAUCUUUUUCACUUUCAUCACAAUCUUCUGCUCGCCGCUCGGCUCUUUUAUCAAAAGGUGCGCUAACUCAACUGGAUCGAAUUGCGAUUGAAUUACUUGAUACGGAACGCGCUUAUGUGGAAGAUCUAAAUGCGGUCAUCAAAGGUUAUAUGGAUUUUUUGGUUGAAGAACGAGAAAAAUUGAAGGUUACACUUGAUGCAAUCAGUUCGCUUUUUGGAUGUAUUGAACGCAUUUUUGCAUUUAACAAACAACUUUUUCAUCAGCUGGAUUCGACAGAUUUAGAUUGUAUCAAAAUGAGUGGAUGUUUUGUGGAAAAUUCGGGAAAAUUUGAGGAUUAUAUUGCGUAUUGCACGAAUUAUCAUCGAAUGAUGGCAACACUUUGUUCACUUCAACAACAGAAUAAUGUUGCUCGAGCACUUCAAGAAAGACAAAUUCAUCUUGGACAUUCACUUCCAUUGUCAGCUUAUUUAUUGAAACCUGUUCAAAGAAUCUUGAAAUAUCAUUUAUUUUUGGAGAAUAUUUUGAAAAAUUUACCGAAUACAACGAAUUUGGAAGAUAUGACGCAGGUGAAAAAAGCUUAUGAAGUUAUGACAUCUCAAGCUGCGCGAAUAAAUGAUGAGAAAAAGCGAGCAGAACAUAUUGAAAGAGUUGGACAACUGCAAUCAACAUUGCAAAAAUGGAAAGCUGAUGAAAUACAAAUUAGUAAUUUGAGUGCCUAUGGAGAUCUUUUAUUGGAAGCACCAUUUAGACAAGCUGGAUCCAAAACUACACGAUUACUGUUUUUGUUUGAAGAAAUGUUACUGAUUGUGAAACAAAGAGGAAGUAAUUAUGUUUGUAAGGAUUAUAUAAUGUGCUCGAAUUUGAUGUUGAAUGAAUGGAUUUGUCCCGAAGAGCCACUGAGUUUUCAAGUUUUGUCGUUUGAUAAUCCAAGGGUUCAAUAUAUUUUUAUGGUGAGUUUUUUAAAGAGAUUGAGAGAUGUUUUAUAUAACGUAGAAAACAUUUCAUCUUCGUAAAUACUCCCAUUUUCAAUAUUCUCACCUACAAUUUUUCCAGGCAACAUCAAUGGACCAAAAACGCACUUGGAUGCAGGAGCUGAAAAGAGCAAUGCUCGAUCAUUAUUCCAUCGAAAUUCCCGAAAAAACCAAACAACUUAUGUUAAGCAUUGAUAACACCAAAAUGAUUCCAUUCGGCCGCCCUGAAUUUGCUGAAGUUUCUAUGAAAAAUCAUAAGAAAGUUCCAAAAUAUUUGGAAAAGCGGAGAAAAUCGGUGGAUGCUAAGGAUAGCGAAGCAGCUCGUCGGAGAAGUUUGAGUGCAUCUCGAUUAUUGAGCAAUAGUAAAACUUCGAUAUCUGAACCAGUUCGACAUGAAGAUCAAAAUCAAAAAUGUACUUGUCAUAUGAAUGGAGGAGCUUUCAGUGGAACAUCACCCUCGACUUCCAAAAUCGUGAGUUUUUUUUAAUUCAAUAUUAAUAUUUAAUGGUAUUUAUACAUAUAUUUCGAGUUCCAUUUAUCACAUUAACACCUAACUCACAGAUUUCUGCUUCUUCACAAAACAACAAUAACAAUUCCGAUCAUAACACAACGAGAAUUGUUGCUCGAACACAAUCAGCACUAACUAUCGAUUUUCCAAUCUCACAGGUAUUUGAUCGAUGUUUGAAUUGAAUAUCAUUAUUAUCACAUAAAACAGAAAACAUUUUUGCUUGCAAAAGUGGUUCCUUAAUGUCUAUGACCUCUUUUCCCUAUUGAUAAGUAUUUUUCGAGGAAAAAAACUAAUUUUAAUACCAUCCCAUACACCCAAUUCUAAUCAGUCGUAGACAUAACUUUGUUAUCUCAAAACUUGCAAAAGCGAUUUGUAUUGAAACUAGACUAUUUGCAGCCUAUUGAACCGGCCGAGCCUCCAACAAGUGCCGCGGUUUUGUCAUCGCGUAGUCGAUAUCAGCAAGCCAGAAAUCGACGAUUGCCGCCACGUCAUACCCAAGAGGUUUGUGAUUUGAAACAUGGGAGAAAACGCUUUUUAAAAAUAAUUUUCCCAAUCUAGAUUUUCAUUGUUAAUUUUCCAGUCGCGUUCUUCCUCCGGUCGACGUCUUGGCGAAGAAGAAAUCGAUCGAACAUUUGAUCAACUUUACGCUGACCUCGUCUCUUUCGAUGAUUCCAUCAACACCAAUUCAAAACCACCGCUUCCACCACCGGCACAAGUUCGAGGAAUUCGCGGAAAAUCCGAAUGUCCAGCCGAAUCGAUAUCACAAAUCAAAAUUGUUGCGGCACCAGCUACCGCUAUGCUAAAUGUUCCAGAAUGUCAAAAUCCACGUGUUCGAUCGAAAUCAUUGACGCGAUUGGAUGAAUAUGAAACUGAACCGAUUUGCUUGAAACCGUGAGUUUAUUUUUAGAAAAACUAUUGAAAAGUUCUUAGAAAAAAACUAAUUGGCCCAGUUGUUUGGGAAUCAGUUUCAAGGAAUCAGUUUUUUAUUCUAGAAGCAUUGAACGUCGUUAUUCAAAACUAGAUCAAAUGAAAAAGAAAGCAGCAUCUCGUAAAUAUCAAGUAAAUCACCAAGAAGCUGAAGUUCUCCGAACUCCUCGACUCUCAAUGGCUGACAGUGAAAUUCUAAUUCAUGGUGAAGAGCCAUAUCGCCGUCAUCGUGCUCCUUUAACUGCUCAACAAGCCGAUGAUUAUUUUCCAAAAUCUUGUCACCAACCUACUGUAAUGUCAAUUAUUCGACAAUAUGAGAAUGCAUAG